CAAAUCGUAAACCCGUCAAGACCGAGAGGAACAGUCAGUGACUGAGAAGUGAGAAGAUGGACAGAGAAUGGGGUUCAAAGCCGGGCAGCGGUGGCGCCGCCUCAGCCCAAAACGAAGCCAUCGACCGCAAAGAGCGUCUCCGAAGACUCGCCCUCGAGACCAUCGACCUUGCCAAAGACCCCUACUUCAUGAGCAACCACCUCGGAAGCUACGAGUGCAAGCUUUGCUUGACACUGCACAAGAACGAGGGCAAUUACUUGGCCCACACGCAAGGAAAGCGCCAUCAGACUAACUUGGCACAGCGAGCUGCUCGUGAGGCCAAAGAAGCUCCUCCUGCCCCUCAGCCCCUGCAGCCUCAAAAGCGCAAAGGGAACGUCCGAAAGUCUGUCAAAAUUGGUAGGCCUGGUUACCGAGUGACGAAGCAGUUUGAUGAAGAAUCAAAGCAGAGGUCUCUUCUGUUCCAGAUUGAAUAUCCUGAGAUUGAAUUUAAUGCGAAGCCACGGCACCGUUUUAUGUCAUCUUAUGAGCAGAGAGUUCAAUCUGUGGACAAAAGAUACCAGUAUCUUCUCUUUGCAGCCGAACCCUACGACACCAUUGCUUUUAGGGUUCCUAGCACAGAGAUUGACAAAACCACUCCCAAUAAGUUUUUCUCAAAUUGGGAUCCAGACUCUAAAAUGUUCACAUUGCAGAUAUAUUUCAAAACUAAGGCACCGGAGAUGAACAAACCACAACCUCCCCUGCAGCCAAUCGUCCAAGAGUUCAAUAGUUUAAAUGAUCUUGCACCGGCACACGUGUUCCCACGUCACUCUCUACCUGAUUAUUGA